AUGCCUCGCGACCGGACCGCAUGGCGAGGAGGCGGUGCUGGACCAUUGCCCGCGUCACUCUCAAGCCUGUCUCUGGAAGACAAAGCCACGGUGGAUGAGAACACGGUGCGGCCGGAAGAAGGGCCGAAGCUGAACGCCGGGCGCCUUCCCGCCUCGCAGGAGGAUGGCCUGAUGCGACUCAGCCGAAACAGCUCGAGCCAACUUCCAGCUCCGCGUGAUCAAAGCAUCCUGAAGCUGUCUGCACAGUCGAGCGAGGUGGUUCUUCUGCCAACUGCGCCCUCGCCCUCCGCUUCCAUCUCCUCGCCGGGCCGUACCGCGAGCCGGUCCACUGGGCCCCCGGAGAAGGAUGCGCCGGCUGAAGUGCGCUACAUGCGAGCAGCGCAGCUGUUACAGGAUGCUUUCAAUGGUCCUGCCGAACGGGAGCCAGAGCCGCAGCCGGGGAACGAGGCAGACCACAGCCCGGCAAAGAUGAGGACUAUGCAGAUGUCUUGGAGUUCGUUGCCCCUUGAGCAGACCACGACUCCACGAUCCAUGGCGCCUGCACCGGCGCCGAGGCCCGUGGUCCCCACGCGCUUCGUCAGUGCAUGCACCCGGACCGUAAGCACAUCGGCCUUUGCAAGCUCCUCCCCAAUGCAGGAGCAUCGGGAGAUCCAUGUGCCACCGGCGAGCGCGCGGCUUCGCUGGUCCUUCAGUGAUGCACACGUGGCGCACAACCCGCAGGUCAUCACAGCGCCCACGCCAUGGCGGGCAGUCACCAGUGUUCCCCUGGCGAGCAACCCGCGCUCCGUGUCACCCACGCGGCUUGUCGCAUCUACGGCCAGCUGGACGCCGCCGAGCGCCGCCCCGAUCCUCCGGUCGCCGCGGAGGUCGGUGCCCAUGCCAGGGCCGCUACACCCGGCGUCGACUUCCGCCUCUUCGACGCCGCAGCCGCCAUUGGCACCGCCGAUGGUAAGCUCGGCCGCCAAGUCUCUGCCUGUGAGGACAGGCAGCUUGCAGGCUGGAACAGGCACGCCGCAACCGCCUGGCCAGCUGGCGGGCGCGAGGCCGAUCCUGCUGCCUGCUGCGCGGACGCCACCUCAAGCGAACACAUCGUUCACGUCGCCGGCUGUUGCCUUAACUCCGGCCCCCGCCAUGCCAGCGUUCAAUGCCACGCAGGCCGGCCCGGUGCGGUGUACCAUCGGAGCAGUGGGUGAACGAGUACACAACGCGCCGCCGCCAGAAGCUGGGAAUCGAGGUGAAGGGCUUCGGCUCUCACCGCGGGUCUCGGCGCCAGUGCAGGGCGCCCAGCAGUCCUAUGUUUACGUGGGCGUGCCUGGUGGACUGCAGGCCACCUCGUCCACUGCCACACAGGCGAGACAAAGCCUCGGGAGGCGGAUGUGGAAAAGCGGAAAUGGCAAGGCCAUUGGACCGCCCAAUGCACACCACAACCAGGAGGUGGACGAGAAUUUGACGUCCGUCUGUGUGAAGCUGCAGCAAAGGCUGGGCAAGCUGAGCACCAAGAAGACCAUCGCGCUAUGA